AUGGCUGCUGAAGAACACGAUUUCUGCCCUUUGUUUCAGUCUGCAAGCUGCAAUCUGCGAGGGCUUCGAGCAAACUAUGGCCUCCCAGUGGCAAGCAGGGAGCUGCCAAGCGCCUCAGCAUGGGGUCAUGUUGCGAAGCUUGACCGCCAGUCACUGGUGGAGGCUUGGAGGACUGGCAAGAACAAGGUCUCGUUCAAACCACGGCGGGACAAAGCGCACCUGGUCUUUACCAUCGUUGCUCACAAGAAGCACAAGCACCGUUGUGUACACCAGUGGCUCCUGUCCCAUGUGAAGUUUCCUGCUCUCCUGGUUGAAGAAGUUGCGAUCGUCGUUGUUACACUCACCGUGGAGGUUUUGGAAGGCAACAAGUCUGGCCGCGUCACCCUCACAAAGCUGAAUGGUGCCCAAUGGGCGUCUAUCACAGCUGACCUGAAGCUUCCUUUGUCAACAGUGCGUCGUAAUCUGCUCAAUUCUGUGGAGCCUGAGCUUUCCAGGGGCAGCCGCAGCCUGCCUGUGCAAUAUCACCCGGUGCCUAUGAGCAAUGCGGCACAAGCAUGCGAGGUGUGCAGCGGCGGCUCCAACGCGAGCCUUUGUCAAAAUGUGUGGCUCGUCAUCGACCUCGAGGAGAAGUUCACAGUGACGCAGAUUCGCCUUUGGAACGUGGACGGCGACGAGGCGGUGAAAAAGGUGCUGGUGAGCGCGGGCAAAAGCCUCACAGACUUUGAGGCAGUGCAAGUCUUCGGGGGCAUCUCCAACCAGGCGACGGCUGAGGGUGCGGAGGCGGCGGCGGACCUGGUCUUCGACGCCCCCGUCAGCGGGCGGUACCUGAAGAUCCAGGUCCUGGAGAAUUUCGGCGCCAAAGGCAUCAGCCUCCAUCGCGCUGCCUUCUUUGGUUACAAGUAUCCCUUUGUUGACUUCACCAAGCACGACGGCAAGGGCUGCGGAGGCUACGAGUUGGAGGACCUCGCGGGGGUGGUGGGCAGCGAGGGCCUUUGCCGGGCGCUGUGCAGCAGCCGCAGCGACUGCGUGGCCUUCGAGGUGAUCCACAGCGGUGCGGAACGUGGGAAGUGCAUCUUCCACAGCAACAUUUGGAUCCCGACCAAGGCUCUGGAGGACGAGCGCGACUGCUUCAUCAGGGACGACCAGGUGGUGUACUGCCAGCAGGGGCUGCCUUUGCACGACGUGUGCUGCAGCCCGGAGUGCGGGAUCUGCGGGGGCGACAAGUGCUCCUACCGCCCCGGCGGGCGCGACAGAUGCUGCUCUGGCACCAUCCGCGGAAUGAGGGACAUCUGCAGCAACACCAGCGACGUGGCCUGCCGAAUCCCCCGACCCCGGCGCGCCGGGGUGCCCACCCUACGCCUCACCUUCGAGAACAAGCACGCAGCCCAGCCAGGCAACGAGAGCGACCUGGCCCCGAAGGGCGCCAAGGUCAGCCCUUUCGUGGCCUCCAAAAACUCCCGGGCCGGGGGCACGGCGGCCGACCUCACCGGCGUCAACACUGGGAUCGAGAUCAAAGGUUACCAGGAGUGGUUCACGCUUACCUCUACCUUCAUGCUCUGGAUCAAGCCCACCUUUGUCAGGGACCAGACCUGGUACUUUGUCUUCCGCAGCAGUGGCUAUACCAUGCACAACCCCGAGGACGGCAGCUGGGCCGUGGAGUUUCAGUGCAAGGGCAACAAGGCGAGGCUGAUGAUUUGGACGCGGCAACCCGCGGGGCUUGGGGCAGUGGCCACCGAGUACAAGGAUAAGCGGCUUUGGGAGAAGUGGACACACAUCGCAGUGGUCCUGCGGGUUGGGGGGGCUUUUCCUCAGCUGUAUCUCAACGGGAUGCCGGAGGAAGUUGAGGACAGCUCUACACCGUGGUCCGAGCUCGAGAACAUUGCCUUCAACAAGAAACAGUUCUUGAUCAUUGGCAAGGCUUCAGAGACGGAUCAGCAGUUUGACGGUUACAUUGACCACUUUGAGGUAUAUGAGGAGAUCCUCAGCCCCCAGUUCAUCCGGAAGCGCUACAGCUUUGUGGAGACAGUGACCGGCACAGGAGACGAGGACGCGGCGCUGGCGAAGCGAGUGUGCCUCCCCCCCACAGAUCUCACAGGCUACAUCAUUGAGCAGGGCAGCACUUUGCGCAGCUCCUUCUCCGUGAAAGCGCGCUGUGAUGAAGAGCAUGGGCCCUUCGGCAAAGCUGGCGGCUUCUUCAUGGCCCGCGCCAGUCAACUUCAUCCGGUCCAGCUUCUGCCGCUUGCAGCGCCCGCUUGCAGGUCGCUCCCCGAGCCGAGGUUCGGCGGGCUCGCCCGUGUGACGCCUUGCUCCUUCGCCACCAAGCGCUACGUGCUCAGCGGGUGCCUGCAAAAGGCCGUGAAGCGAAGCAUCCUGCUGCCCCUGGCGCUGGCCCUGGUGGCCCUCCGCAGCCUCUGCUUCCUGCCCAGCGCAUCCUCGGCGACCCGGGUGUCCCCUCAGCUGCGGGCGGCCGAGGCGGCGGUGGUGGGCAGCGGCCUGUCGUUGGUCGCCGCCUCCCCCGCGCUGGCCACCUGGAGCGAGGGCUCCGAGCCGGGCCAGAACAUCGACCCGGACUCCACCGAGUACUACAACCGCAAGGUCCUGAACGCCACGGCCGUGUGCCUCACCUUUGCCGUCUUCUUGUUUGGUCUCCUGAUCAGCCAGGUGGGCCCAGCCCUCCGAUUUUCGCCCGCACAGCGGGAGCGGGCCGCGGCGGCUUCCGCCGCACGGGCGCCAGGAAUUCCGCUAGGCGCCGAGCGAAGCGCGCGACGUGCGCGCCUGAUCUCGGCCGGGGCCAGCACGGCCGUGGCGCUGCCUCUUGCGGUGGCCGCGCAGCGCAGGCGGGGCCGUGCGCCGCGCGCGCGAGUGGCACGCGCGGCGCUGGAGCCGGGGGGUUCCCCGACGUCUCAGAUCCGGAACUUUUCCAUCAUCGCCCACAUCGAUCAUGGCAAGUCGACUCUAGCGGAUCGCCUUCUGGAGCUGACGGGAACGGUGGCCAAGGAAGACAUGAAGUCCCAGUUGCUCGACAGCAUGGACAUUGAAAGAGAAAGGGGGAUUACCAUCAAGCUGAACUCUGCUCGCAUGAACGUCAACGAGGAUGGGGAGGAUUACGUCCUGAACCUCAUUGACACGCCAGGGCACGUCGACUUCACCUAUGAGGUGAGCCGCUCCCUGGCGGCCUGCGAGGGCGCGCUGCUAGUGGUGGACGCUACCCAGGGCGUCCAGGCGCAGACCAUCGCGAACGUGACCUUGGCGAUGGAAGCAGAUCUGGAGAUAGUCCCUGUGCUGAACAAGGUGGACCUGCCCAGUGCGGAUCCAGACAGAGUGGCCCAGGAGAUCGAGGACGUCGUUGGCAUUGACUGCAGCGAAGCCCUCCAGUGCUCAGCAAAGACUGGGCUGGGCGUUGAAGAGAUCAUCAAGAGCAUCAUCAAGCGCAUCCCAGCGCCGCCGGAGGCGACGGGCAAGAAAAUGCGCAUGUUGGUUUUCGACAGCUUCUACGACAACUACAGAGGCGUCAUCGCCAUGUUCCGGGUGGUGGAUGGAAGCAUCAACAAAGGACAGAAGAUUCGCUUCAAGGCCUCGGGCAAGGAGUUCAUUGUGGAGGAGAUCGGCAUCAUGAUCGGCGGCCUGAGGAAGCCUGUCAAGAAGCUGGCGGAGGGUGAAGUCGGGUAUGUUUGCGCCAACAUCAAAAGCGUGAGCGAUGCCCGUGUGGGCGACACCAUCAUCGAAGCGGGCACUGAGAACGAGGUGGAAGCCCUGCCCGGCUACACCGAGGCAACUCCCAUGGUCUUCUGCGGUUUGUUCCCCUCGGAGUCCGGGGAGUUCGACACCUUGAGGACCGCCUUCGAGCGGCUGUCGCUGAACGAUGCCGCCCUUUUCUAUGAACCCGAGAACUCCGUGGCACUGGGCCUCGGCUUCCGGUGCGGGUUUCUGGGGGUGCUCCACAUGGAGGUAGUGAAGGAUCGGCUGGAAAGAGAGUACGACUUGGAGCUCGUGGUGACUGCUCCUUCUGUGGAGUACGAGAUCCUGAUGAAGGAUGGCACUACGGAGACCAUCCAGUUCGCGAACCAGCUGCCGUUGCCCCACAAGGUGGCGGAGAUCCGAGAGCCCUACGUCCUGCUGGAGAUGAUCGUGCCGGAGGAGCACAUGGGCGCCUGCAUGGAGCUCGCCGUCCAGCGCCGCGCGGUCUACAGGACCACCAGCUUCCUCACCAAGGGCCGUUGUCUGCUGGAGUACGAGAUGCCGAUGGCCGAGAUGAUCCGGGACUUCUUUGCGGAGCUGAAAAGCCGUUCGCGCGGCUAUGCUUCGAUGGAUUACCGCCUGCUAGAUUACCGGGUCAACGACUUGGUGAAGUUGGAGGUGGACAUCAACAAGACCACGGCCAACCCUUUGGCGCAGAUCGUGCACCGCAGCCGCGCCCUGCAAUUCGCAAGGAAGAUCGCCCUGAUCCUCAAGAACGAGAUCCCAGCCCAGCAGAUCAAGGUGAUCAUCCAAGCGCGGAUCGGCACACACAUUAUCGCCUCGGAGUCUGUCAAGGCGGUGCGAAAAGACGUCUUGGCCAAGUGCUAUGGCGGUGACAUCUCCCGCAAGAAGAAGCUGCUGCAAAAGCAGGCUGCGGGCAAGAAGAAGAUGCAGGCCAUCGGCAAGGUGAACGUGCCCUCUGAAGCGAUCCUGGCAGUGAUCAAGCAGAGCUAG